AUGGGCUACGUGAUCGGCAAUAUCUAUGUCAUUACCACCGUGGCCGUCAUUGGCGGCGCACUAUUCGGGUUCGACAUUGCCUCGAUGUCAGCCAUUUUGGGAACGCAGCAGUACAAGUGCUUCUUCAACCAAAGUGGCGUCGGGAGCGAUGGCUCAUGUGGAGGCCCGACAUCGACAACCCAAGGAGGAAUCUCUGCUGCCAUGCCUGGAGGUUCCUUCGUCGGGGCGCUAGUUUCUGGAAUACUGACCGAUUGGCUGGGUCGACGUCUGUCCAUUCAAACGGGCUCAGUCAUUUGGUGCAUCGGUAGCGCAAUUGUGUGUUCCUCUUUUAGCAUUGCGCAGCUCGUCGUCGGUCGAUUCAUCAACGGCUUCUCCGUGGGUAUUCUCAGCGCACAGGUUCCCGUGUAUGUUGCCGAGCUUGCCCAGCCAAGUCGCCGUGGUCAGGUGGUGGGUGCACAACAGUGGGCCAUCACUUGGGGUAUUCUGAUCAUGUUCUACAUCUCCUAUGGUAGCAGCUUCCUUGCCGGAAAUGCGGCCUGGCGUCUACCAUGGGGGCUGCAGAUGAUUCCCGCCGUGUUCUUAUUUGGCAUGGUUUUCCUCCUGCCAGAAAGUCCCCGGUGGCUUGCCAAGCAUGACCGAUGGGAGGAGGCUCAUGAGGUCUUGGCUCUCGUACAUGCCAAGGGAGACAAAUCGGCAGCCUUUGUCCAGACUGAAUUGCUGGAGAUUCGUGAAAUGGUCGAGUUCGAGCGCGCCAACGCCAACACCUCAUAUCUGGACCUCUUCCGAGGAAAUAUGAUCUACCGCACGCACAUCGGAAUGUUCACCCAGAUCUGGUCACAGCUCACCGGCAUGAAUGUCAUGAUGCUGUACAUCACAUACGUAUUCGGUAUGGCAGGUCUAUCAGGCAAUGCCAAUCUGGUCGCGUCGUCUAUUCAGUACGUGAUCAACGUGGUGAUGACAAUCUUUGCUCUUCUGUUCAUCGAUCGCUGGGGAAGAAGAACACCCUUGCUGGUGGGCUCCACUCUGAUGAUGAUCUUCAUGUUCGCCAACGGUGGAAUCAUGGCAAGUUAUGGCAAGCCCGCUCCCCCGGGCGGCCUCAACAACACUCCCGAACAGUCCUGGGACUUGAGUGAUGCCCCAGCGGCGGCAAAAGGCGUAAUCGCCUGUACCUAUCUGUUCGUUGCCAGUUUUGCUCCCACCUGGGGUCCCGUUAGUUGGAUCUAUCCGCCCGAGCUAUUUCCUCUUCGCUUACGUGGUAAAGCCGUGGCCGUUUCCACUGCUUCAAACUGGAUCUUCAACUUUGCCCUUUCGUACUUUGUGCCCCCUGCCUUUGAGAAUAUCAAAUGGAAGACCUAUCUCGUCUUUGGGGUCUUCCUGUUCGCUAUGACUGUCCACGUCUUCUUUGCAUUCCCCGAGACCGCAGGCAAGACCCUGGAAGAGGUGGAGACCAUGUUCACAACCCCUGGUUUGAGGCCAUGGAAGACCAAGGUGCAAUACCGGCAGGUACGACAGCUGGAGGCUGGCGCAGUGCAGCCCGGAAAGAUGGCUGAUGCUCAUGCUGAGGCUGGAAUGGCACCGUCCGAGAAGGAACCUGCAAGUACCAGUCAUCAUGAUUGA